AUGGCCACAAUUUUUGAAAACUUAUUAAAUCACCAUUUAAACAAUAAUUAUAGUUAUAUUGAAACUACCAAUAUUGGUUUUGUUCCAGAUCUCGAUGUAGUUGAAACACCAAACUCAUUUAUUAUCGAGAUCGAAUUAGCAGGUGUAAAUAAAGAUGAUAUUCAAAUCGAAAUUAAAGAUUCAAAGUUAUAUAUUCAAGGUGAAAAGAAGAGAUCGGUUUUAGAGGUUUCAUCAGAAAUAACAACAACAACAGAGGGUAAUAAUGAGUUUAAAAAUAAGAAAUAUUUAUCAGAAAGAUCAUAUGGUAGUUUCAAAAGAUAUUUAGACCUAACCAAGGUAUUACAUGUUUUAGAUUUAUCCAGUAUCAAAACACAAUUCAAUGAUGGUCUUUUAACACUUACAAUUAACAAGAAAAAUCAAGAAUUAUCAAAAAUAAUUAAAAUCGUUUUAUAAAAAAUAAAAAAAAAAAGUUAAAUAAAAUAAAAAAAUAAAUGUAUAGUUUUUU